AUGGGUCUUACCGAAUAUUCGACUGACAGACCACCAGAGCCACUUUUCAUUUUCUCAAUCAACGUUAGAAAGGAGGAAAUCGGAACCUACAUUCAUCCUGUUGUCAGACGUCUGAAGCACUUCUACUUCUACCAUGGAAAAGAGUUUAACUACGCGAUUCACCGCUUUUAUGAAUUGGAAAGUCCAGAGUUCACUUACAUCAUCGACAUCACCCGUCGAUUCAUUCCCCAACGUCUCCAUGAAAUUCAACACAUUCGUGGAAAGUCACGAGUCGUCAGAAUGUACCAGAAAGCAGUAGACAACUUUAGUCUCCUUUUUUGCCGUGAUUUGUUCGCCAUCAUGCGCUACAAGGAGGACUAUUUCAAAUUCGAGCGUUUGGAAAACUUCUUGAGCUUUCUGUAUGACCCAUCAAUCAAUUCGUUGAAAGAUGUCAAUCUGAAGGCUUUCUUACAAUAA